AUGAAGUCAUAUAAGAUGAAAAGGUCGGGAGAUAGGGUGGAAGGUGGGAAGAGGAAAAGUAAUGGAAGCGAGAACACAUCUAAUUUGAUGAACCUAAAGAUAAGAAAUGAAAAUAUACACAUAAAAAAUAUUAUAAGAACUAUACAUUACGUGUACACAAAUAGAUACGACAGUGAAACAGGUUUUUCAUACAUUAAAGACAUAUUAAAAAAUGUGAUAAAAGGUAAUGUGUACGAUAUGGAGUAUAAGAGGUACAUCAACGAAUACUGCAUUUAUGAAUUGUGCGCAAGAAUAGUUUUAAAUAUGGUAAGAAGCAAUGCAAAAGAUGAAAAUUUUAACAAAAUGAUGGAAUUUCUUUUUGAUAUUUUGUACUACUGUGAUGUACUAAUAAGUGAAAAAACAAAUCGUAAAAAAAGAAAAAAUAACAACAAUAAUGUUGAAAUCGAUAAUAAUGGCUCUAGUGCAAACAAUGCAAGUGACACAAAUCAAGAAUAUGAAUUAAUCACAAAAUUGUGGAAUCGUAUUUUAGACAAUAUAUUUAUUAAGGAUAGAAAACAAAGAAUAAACUUAUGUCGAGUGGUAAAAUCAUUAGUUAAAAAAGCUUGUGCUUUACAGAUAGAUGUAUCAAAUAAAUUGUGUAAAAAACAUGUAAAUAUUUUUUUGUCUUUACUAAAUGAUAACGAUCAUAAUGUACGAAUUUUAUGUUUAAAUAUUUUGGAACCUUUUCAAGAUUUCAGUACAAGAGCUAGCUAUUUACGCUGUCUCGAUGAUACACAUAAUGCAGUGAGAAUCCAUGCAAUUAAAAAUAUUUCAAUGUGCACAGAUGAGGGAAAUAACAGUAGUAAUAAUAAGAAUAAUUAUGAUCAUUUAAUUAUCCUUAAAAAUUUUUUAAUUAGAAUAAAUGACACAAAUCCAAAUGUAAGGAUAAGCGUAUAUGAAAAAUUAAAAAAUUAUUAUUUUUACAUUCCAUAUGAUAUGAAAUUUGAAUUACUAUUAUGUGGACUUAAUGAUAAGGACACAUCUGUGCGUCAAAGUUGCUAUGCGAUGAUUAUACAUUGGGUUCAACAUUUUGAUGAAAAAAUAGAAAAUCUCUUAUUGCAUUUAAUAAAUAGCGAUAUAGAUAACGACAUGAUAGUCGAACAAAUUUGCAAAAUUCACCUGAACAAUAUUAAAAAUGGUUUCAUUAGAAAUGCAAGCAUGGAUUUCGACGAUAUGAAAAGAGAUUCUAUAAAUGGAAAAAUACAAGAACCGGAAGAGAAAGAGGAAAAUGGUAAGGGUCACCCGGUGAGAAAUGGUGAACACGAUUCUUGCUCCCGUCUCAGCGGUGAUGAUAAGGGCAAUCGUGACAAUAUUCCCUAUAAUGAUGCCUGGUUUACACAUUGCAUAAAUAACCUGUUCCUACUGAACGCUGCUGAUUUGUACCUGCUGCGAGUCUACGUGCAACACUUUUGUGACGAACAGGAAAAAGAAAAAAUAGAUGCAUUAAAGGUAAUUAAGGCUGUUUAUUACUACAUGAAUCUUAGUAGAUUUAAUGAGAAGCUAUACUACAACAGAAAAAAUUACAUCAACUGUGUUGAAAAUAAUGAAAGCGUUCAAUCGGAUAAUCAGCAUAUGUUCUGCUCAUGUGGAAAGGGAAGGAUUGAUAUAAAAACAUUGGAAGAGAUGAGGAAGAAGAAAUUUAUGGAAUGUUCAUUUUUUGACGAUGAAUACUGUGAUAAGUGUAUGUACUACAGAUCUGUGCAAAGUGGGGAGGAAGUUGAAACUUCUAAAGGAGGAAUCGAUACAAAUGGAAAUGUAAAUAACAAUACAAUGGAUGAUCAAAAUGAAUAUGUUCUUAUAAAUGAAGAUAAUAUUAAUGAGAAUUACAAUUACAUAUGCAAUAUAAAGAAUCUGCUGCUAAUAUGUAAAUAUUUGGAUAUCAUCGAAACAUAUCAAGUAGAUAAAAUUCUGCAAUGCUGCUCAAGGGUCCUAUUGAAAGGACCCCUAAGAGAAGUAAUCAUAAAAUGUAUGCUGAAUAAUACAGGAGUUAAUUAUUAUAAAUUGCAGAAAGGACAUAUGACGUGUGCAUACUGGUUAAGCAACAGCUACAUCUAUGCAUGUCUGGAAUUGCUAAGACAAAUGGUUUAUAUAAAAAAUAAAAAUUGCGAUUCGAAUGACAUUGAAAUUAAUCUGACAAACCAAAUAUUGGACAUCAUAUCCGAAAUUAAGGAACCAUUUGAAAAUUAUGAAAGUGAAGGUUUGUUCGUCGAUAGUACAGUUAAUUUUAUGCAUCAUCAAUCAGCAGAGGACAAGGAGGUAAAGAGCAUGACGGAGGUGUCACAAAAAAGGGUAUUGGAUAUUUCUCCAAAACAUUUGACAGAAUGUUCCCCAAAGCUCAAACUAAAAAAUGAUCAGGCGGAGAAGAAUACUCUAAGUAUCCUAUUUAACAAUAUCAUGAACGUGGAAAACGACACCAUCUUUGAAAUAAUAAGGGAAAAAAAACUGAACACUCUGUCAAUAGAACAUUUGCUAAUUCUUUGUCCGAAAAUGCAACACAAGUUGGAUGUCACAGAAGCGAAGAUAAAGGACCUGACUGAAAUGGAACGUGAAAGAGAAGAACAAGAAGCAGGAGAAACAGGAGAAACUGGAGAAACAGGAGAAACAGGAGAAGCAGGAGAAACACAACAGAAACAACAAAGUGAACGUCUGAUGGCGCAAAAUUCGAAAGAUGGGGAAAAUAAUCCAGUUUUUGCAUUUCACGAUCAAAUUCGAGUGCACACGGAAAUAUUUUUAAAGCAAAUAACUAUGUUGAGCUUACUCAGAUUAGAACUUAAGAGGAGAUGGUUGAGAAUUUUGUUCAUUUUGGAAUGUUUUCUAUGUAAAAGUAAAUCGCAUUGCUCAUUCGAUUCAGCACUCCGUGAGUUCCCAAAUGAGUUACUACUACCUGCAUUAAAUUUCUGCUGUUCAAUUAUGCCUGAGUGGGAUGAUAAAGAAAUAGAAGAUCAGUUUUAUGACAUUAUAGUUUCCAAAUGCUUAGGUAAUUGGUGUAUGUUUAUAAGUAAUGACGAAGAAUUAAAGAAACAGAUUUAUGCAUAUAAGACAGCCAUAGUGGACACUUGUGAUGUUCUGAAUAAUUGUCUGUUGAAAAUAGAAAAUAUUCAUGCGAAAGUAUAUCCAAAUGUGUAUUGCAAGGCCAACAUCGAUUUGAUCACUCAGGUGGAAAGGGGAGUAGCAAUAAAUAAAAACAUUUCUACAGGAGGAGCUGCUCCACAUUCAAACAAUUAUAACCAUGAAGAGAAUAUGAAAAAGGAACCAAAUGAAGAUGAUGUGAAUAAGCAACUAAUUUUUUAUGAAUACAAUCCACCGAAUGAAUCAUUGUUAAACUAUUUUGCAACAAAUCAAAAUGCGUGGUAUGAAUAUAAAGAAUUAUUGGAAAAAUUGGAAAUUAAUUCGUUAAGGUGUGAAAUAUAUAUAUGUGUUUUGGGAGAUCUUAUGAUGACUCAUCCCAAUUUGAACAAUGAUAAAUUGAUCAUAGAUGCAGUAGAAAAUUUAUGGAAUUAUCUAAAUGGGAAUAUAAAUACGAGUAAAUAUAUCCAAUCAAUUUGUUUAAGAGUUUUUUGUAAACUCAUGUUAACAGAAUAUUUAGGAAAUCAUAUAUACAAAUUGUCAAAUGAAGAAAUGUAUAAAUUAAUGAAAAAAUCAUCACAUAAAUUAAGAGCAUUAUUUGAGAUGUGUUUUCUUAUGUCUCCUUCUACAUACAAUUCUGUUCAAGAUUUUAAAAAAAUUAGUACAUAUAAUAUAACAAAUAUUAAUGCACAUGAUAAAUUAUUCUUGUUUUCUGUCUUUUCUAUGUACCCAUCCAUGAGUGAAACGAAUUUAUUAGUUUUUCAUUAUACCUUUGAAGAAGUACUAUUAAAAACGUGUGAUGGGGUAUUAAAACACAAAUUAAGGACAAUUAACUAUACCAAUAUUCUCACAUUUAUUAUUUUUACCAUAUUGCACAAGGCAAAUAUACACUUUCUAGUGUAUCAUUUUGUCAAAUAUAUCAAAUCCAUAUUGCUCAUUAUAAUUGAAAAGGGAAUUGCCAUAACUAACCGCUCUAACAUUAUCGAAUUGGUUUACAAAAUAAUUCAGAUAUAUCUAUUUCACGCUCUUGACGAUGUUAGAUCAGGCAACACUGGACUUGGCAGUAACAGUCUUAGUCGUACACACGAAGGUAACAACACAGGUGGUUGCAAUGGUGGUGAACAGUAUGGAGGAAACGAGCAGAGGGAAGUUAAGAAAAGAGGGAGGAAAAAAAAAAAUGCACAAAUCACUGAAUCAAAUGAUAAGAUAGAAGGAGAAAAGAAUGAUAUUAACCUGAAGGUACAUAAAAAUUUCGAAAUGGAAAUGGACGAAGCUGAAAAAGCAAUACAUGAAGAUAAAGAUUUAAAUAAAGAGAAUAAAAACUGUACUAUAUUCUUCAAAAGUGUUCAAACAGAUGUAAAUGGCACAAUCAAGGAUCUAAAAACUUUAUAUGUAUUAAUAAACUUUUGCAUGCACUCUGAUGACAUUAUUAAAUCCAGAAAUGAAAUAAGAUACUGCGAAAUUUUGAAAGGCUGUAUACAAAAAAAAAUUGAUGAAGUCAGAACUUAUUUUGUGGAAAGGAAUCUUAUCGUGCCCAAUGCAGCAACAAGUAGCGAAAAGGGAAAUGCAACAAGAAAUGAAACCCAUCCAGUUGUAGGAAAUCCAAACAAUCUAUUAAAUUUAGCCGAACUAGAUUCUCUCAAGGAAGAAACUAUAUAUGAAGAGAUUAUAAAUGAAUACAUCAACUAUAUAGGAAAAAUCUGUGAAAGGAAAUUUUCAUACCCUGUUGUCCCUAGAGGAAUUAAUUAUGAUAACGACGCGGAAAUGUCUACACAAGAAAUAAUGGAACAGAUAAAUAACCACACAAACAAAGAACGAAGAAAAGAGUGCACUACAGAAAAUGUGCAUACUGAAAUUCAAACUGGACUUUUCGAAAAAGGACUAUUUAACAAGACAUUCACUACUACAAUGAAUAAAGUGAAUUAUCCCAUCGGUGAGGUUAGCAUAGAACACAAAGAAACACAAGAGGACGAAUUCAUUGAUGCAAAUGAGGAUGCGUUAUACAUAAAUCAAAGCAAUUUACAGAUUAAUGUUGACACUGAAAAGAUUUCUCCCUCUGUUGACAGCCAUAAGAAUUUAACUGAUCCUCCCAAACUUGCCCCUAUGGGAAGCGACGAAAUACCUUGGCUCCAAGGUAGAGAUAGCUCAACAUAUGCAGGUGAUAGUGUGGAAUACACUCGAGCGAGGGAAAUGUCACUGGAGGGAGGGGAAGGAAUAAUCCCCAAGGUGGUGGAAGCAGCCUCCACAGAGGAAGCAAUUCCAACCAAAAGAACUAAAUCAGACAGAUGUGACGAAAAGCAUGAGGGUAAUAACCGUCCUCGGAGACUGAGUUCACGGAAUAUAUGUUCCAGCGAAGACAGCCACGAUGACAUGAAUCAUCACACAUCUAGUAUGAGCGAAUUCGAAAGCGUAAAGGACGCCUGCUCAGAUUUACAGGAUGAUAACAGUAGCUGUAGUAGCACACACAGUGAUGAUUCUACAGCCAUGGCGUUUAAGAGGUUAAAUAAGUUGAAGCGCACUAGCUACACGAAUGUUGUUUCGAAGUGA